ACUCAAGAGACGCAACAGAUUCACCAGCACAAGAGAGGAGCUAUGCAAUGAGACCGCUAUUCUAGCUCAAACCUUUCAUUCACUGCCUUAAAUAUAGUUUGCAUGCGUUUAACACCCAAUUUAAGAAACAACAGUUGUUUAAAUUACGUUUUUAGAUUAAUUUUAAGACACUUCAGACACAGUUCUUGUUCUUUUAUAAAGUUCCCAUGAGAUUGACUCCAGCACUGAUGAUGCACAACAAAAUGACGGAACUUACACUACGGAAAAUACGCGCUUUGGAUAUUUUCGUAUGUUUGUCCUUUGUUUCUUGGGCUUAUUCUUUCAACAUUGACUUGGAACAUCCCUUGGUGUUCCGAGGACCAGAGGCGACGUUUUUUGGAUAUUCAGUUCUGGAGCAUGUCCAUGACAACACACGCUGGAUUGUGGUUGGGGCUCCCAGAGCAAACUCUUCUUUCAGCAGUUCGGUUCAGUCACCCGGAGCCAUUUUCAAGUGUCGGAUCCGCAACAACCCAGAGCGGCGCUGUACUGAGAUCGACCUCGGAAGAGGAAAUAUGCAGAGAGAGUCUUGCGGGAAAACCUGUCAAGGUGACAGGAACAAUGAGUGGAUGGGGGUCAGUCUGGCACGACAGGACAAACCCAAUGGCAAAAUUCUGGCCUGUGCUCACCGUUGGAAGAAUGUAUACUAUGAAUCAGAGUAUAUACUCCCCCAUGGCUACUGCUCCAUCAUCCCAGCCACUCUGCAGGGCAAGUCACAGCCCCUUAUCCCAUGUUAUGAAGACCAUAAGAAGACCUAUGGGGAAGAACAUGGCUCAUGCCAAGCUGGGAUCGCAGGCGUUUUCACUGAGGAACUGGUUGUUAUGGGUGCGCCCGGGUCUUAUUACUGGACCGGAACAGUUAAAGUGUAUAACAUGACAUCCAGUACACACUACAACCUUAAUCAAGAUGACCUGAGUCCUCCGAGAUACAGUUAUCUCGGAUAUGCAGUGACUGCUGGUCACUUUUCUUCCCUGACUGCCUUAGACAUUGCGGCUGGUGCACCACAAGACAGUGGUGGUGGAAAAGUUUACAUCUUCAGAAUUGAGGGAACAUCUCUUGUGAAGACCUUUCAAGCCUCAGGGAAAAUGAUGGGCUCUUACUUUGGCUCCUCAUUGUGUGCAGUUGACCUAAACGCAGACGGACUGUCAGAUUUGCUGGUGGGAGCGCCCAUGCACAGCGAGGUCCGGGACGAAGGCCAGGUUUCUGUUUACCUCAGCAGGGGCAAUGGAGUAAUGGAGGAAGUUACGUUACUGAACGGUAACAAUGCUUACAAUGCCCAUUUUGGCGAGUGCAUCACAUCUCUCGGGGACAUUGAUGACGACGGUUACCAAGAUGUAGCGAUUGGAGCCCCAAAAGAGGAUGAUUAUGGAGGAGCCAUCUACAUAUACCAUGGUGACAUCACAGGAAUAGUUAACAAGUACUCUAUGAGAUUGUCUGGGCGAAACAUCAACCCCACCCUCCAAAUGUUCAGCCAGUCAAUUUCCGGCAAUGUGGACAUGGAUGGGAAUGGAUAUCCAGAUGUAACGAUAGGGGCGUUCAUGGCUGACAGUGUGGUGUUACUGAGAUCCAGACCAGUUAUAUCAGUGGACGUCUCUAUCUUCCUGCCUGUCUCUAUCAACAUCACAGUACCGCAGUGUCACAAAGGUCCUCAGCAUCUCAACUGCUUCAAUGUCACAGUCUGCAUGAGCUUUAGAGGGAAACACGUACCUGGACACAUAGAGUUAUUGUACAAUCUUACGGCAGAUUCAGAUAAGAGACACAAAGGUCUUCCGCCCCGGGUGUAUUUCGCAAAUGGUGGUGAGCAGACGGGUGUUAUGAGUCAGCAUUUCAACCUAGAAAUCAAUCGACAGCAGUGCCAUCAGUACACGUCCUUCGUAAGGAAAGAGGUGAAGGAUGUGUUUGCAGCCAUCAUGUUUGAGGCAGCCUACAGUUUAGGAAAACAUAUUCUGGAUGAACAUCAGGACCGCGAUCUUCCCUCUCUGACCCCUGUUCUGCGAUGGAAGAAAGGCAAAAAGAUUGCUGCAAGAAAUGAGACGUGGUUUGAGAAGAACUGUCUGUCAGAGGAUUGCGCCGCAGACCUGAGGCUUCAUGGGAAACUGCUUCUUUCUGGGCUUUAUAUCAGACCUCAUCUGGCACUUGGUGGAGUGAAAAACAUCUCAUUAAAUUUAACCAUCUCUAAUGCUGGAGACGACGCCUACGAUACCAACAUCUACUUAAACUUCUCCAGAGAGGUCCACUACAUCAACUUCUUACAAAGAGAAGAGAAGGGAAUUUCCUGUGUGCUGGUAGAGCUGGACUUCCUUAAGUGCAGUGUGGGAUUUCCUUUCAUGAGGGCGCAAACCAAGUAUCAUCUAUCAGUGCUUUUCGACACAAGUCAUCUAUCUGGUGAAAAUGAGACACUGCUGUUUUUAUUACACGCUAGAAGCGCUAAUCCAGAACAUGACAGCAAACUUCAUGACAACACUUUGGUAUUGUCCAUUCCGCUGGUGCAUGAGGUGGACACAACAAUCACUGGCGUGGUGAACCCGACUUCUUUUGUGUAUGGAAACUCAGUGAAUCCAUCACGCUUCAUUCAGCUGGAAGAGCUGGACUGCAGCUUUCAGCCGUUAAACUUCACCUUUCAGGUGAUAAACAAUGGGCCCAGCAGACUUCCAGGCUCCAUUGUGGACAUCAGGAUUCCAAACCGGCUGGCUGGUAACGGAGCCGACAUGUUCCAUAUCAUUGACACACAAGUAUCUGAAGGCCGAGGGAACUGCACGUGGCAUAAAAACCCCACGCCCUGCACUAUCCCACAAGACAAAGAGAGCAUCUUCCACACCAUUUUUGCCUUCUUCACCAAAUCUGGCAGAAAAGUUCUGGACUGUGACCGGCCCGGACGAGCAUGUCUAACUAUUUCCUGCAGUCUGGGCUCUCAGGCAAAAGAAGACACCGCAAGUAUAGAUGUGCAGAUGCUACUGAACACUGAAAUAUUACAGAGGGACAGCUCCUCUGUGAUCCAGUUUGUGACACGAGGUCACGUCCAGCUGGACGACAGAGCCAUGGAGGUUUCCAGCGGACUGCCAGAGGAGAUUUCUCUGGUGUUUGAGGCCCUACACAGUCAGGAACCCAGGGGUUACGUGGUGGGAUGGAUCAUCGCCAUCAGCCUGCUCGUUGGAAUCCUCAUCUUCUUGCUGUUGGCUGUUCUGCUGUGGAAGAUGGGAUUCUUCAGGAGGCAUUACAGAGAGAUCAUAGAGGCAGAAAAGAACAGGAAGGACAGCGAUGAGAGCUGGGAUUGGGUCCAGAAGAGCCAAUGAGAGCUUGGAUUGGGUUCAGAAAAUCCAAUAAGCUGCUACCUUCGCCACGGUUAUCUCCAUUGACACAGGCCCUGCAGCCUUCCAUAUGUGGAAGAGAUUAUUCUCCAGAUUUUCCGGAGGUUUGACACUUUUUUUGUGACAUUUGAGGUGACAGUAUGGCCUGCCAGUAAAGACUUGCAGUGGAAUUCCAUUGAGCCCAAUGGGAGAAGCCUCUCGCCAGCGGGACCGAAGAGACGGAAAGAGAGAAAUAGAGAGACUUCCUAAAACGGAUGUGAAUGACGUGUCAAUACAAUCAGACAAUUUAAACCCUCAGGGCGCUGUUUUAAAGCAAAAAUCUAUUUUUUAUAAAAUGUAUUCCAUACUGUAUAGAAGAGAGCUUCAAGAGUUUUUGUUUUAAAGCACUGAUGACUGACACAGGCCAAAGAGAUGAUGCUAUUCCUUCAAUGUGUUCUGGUGCACAUCAGUAUUUACAUAAGUGAAUGAAGUUGGUUUUUAGAUGGGAUGAUUUGAAGAUGGAUUAUACCUCUGUGUACCCUCAAGUUCUCAUUUUAAUCUACAGAGAAUACAAAGCUAAUGUUUGUUGCUUACAUUCAGACAACUGUGAGUUACUGAACGAAAAAGGAACAAACGAGAAUGUCAGAGAUGAACAGUUUUCCAAAACAUUUAUCAAAUCUAUACAUCAUCAUAAUGGCUCAGUUGUUACCUGCAGCCCUGUUGAGCUUAUAAAUACAAAAAGAGAACCAUCUCAAAGGAAUAUUCGGAGUUUAAUACAAGUUAAGGUGGACAGCAUUUGUGGCAUAAUGUUGAUCAUCACAAGAAAUGUAUUUUGACUCGUCCCUCCUUUUCUUAAAAAAAUCGAGGUUACAGUGAGGCACCUGCAAUGGAAGUGAAUGGGGCACAUUUUUGGAGGGUUUAAAGGCAGAAAUGUGAAGCUUAUAAUGUGAUAAAAGCACUUACAUUAAAUCUACUGUUAAAACGUGUCUUAUUUGAGCUGCAAAGUUGUUUAAAUGUUUUUUUAGGAGUUUAAGAGUUUAGAGUGUUGCACCAUCAUGGCAACAAAAUUGUAAAACUGGAUAUGCCUUUACACAGAAAAGGUUGGCAAGUGAUUUUAUCACACUAAAAACAUGUCACCACAUAUUGUUUAUGUCUUGUGACUAUGCUUUUGAAACAGUGAGUAUUUUAACAAUUUACAGAUUGGCCCCCAUUCACUUCCAUUGUAAGAGCCUCACUGUAACCACUCUUUAUGCGUUUUUUUGAGAAACAAUUUGAAAUUAAUUUUGUGGUAAUCAACAUUAUGCCACAAAUGUUGCCAGUUGAGCUCAACUUGUAUCGAACCUGAAACAUUCCUUUUAAGUCACAUUUAAAAAUGUAUGCAUGUUUUUGCAUUAGAUAUCGUAUCAAACUGAGUGGAAUUCAUUUUAAAGUAGGAUAGCACUAUUCAAUAUAUCUGAAAUUCACAACUUAAAACAUUGGUUUUAUAUAGUUUUUUUAUUUUAAUUUUUUUACUUUAACUGCACUGGAUAAUGAGCCCUCUACCAGGUUUUGAUACUGACUUUAUUGAUUCAUAUUUAGAGUUAUUCAACAAACACAUUCCAUUAAGUGUAUUCAAAUCAUGAUUUACGAUUUCACUGUAACACUUUUUUAUUUUUUUCAGUAUUCCAUAAAUCAGGAAUGUUGGACAUUUUAAGCAACUACUAUGAGAUGCCGUGCUAUAUGGUGAAAAUAGUCAGAACAUUGCUAUGCAACAAAAUAAUGAUCCACUAUAGGUGCUGCGCAGUGAUAUGGCGAAUAGCUGUUUCUGUAUUGUAUUUUAGCAUAGCUGGAAUGUUAUAUUGACCAAUCAGCAUUCAAGACCGGAACUGUUUGUUUUACAAAAGGGAUUUACAGCAUCUUCUGUAUGUUACACCAUACAUGCCCUCCAGCUUUUAAACAAAUCCCAUGAAGAGUUACGACUGCACAGACCCGAUUUACGCAAUGUUUAACAGUGUGUAAUGGCCUAAAAAUAGGUGGGAAUGUGCAGUACAUCAUCACUGGGUGCAGUCUCGUACUUUGGAGCUUAUGGGAAAAGCUUGUUUUAAGUCAACAUUUUGGAGCUCACUCAGAUCCCCUAACAUGAGCUGUUCGCUGUCAGUCUUCAUAUCCAUUCAGCAUUUAAGCUCUCACACUGAACUUGUCAUAUACAUCCAUACACACAGCACAGAGCCAAAGACAUUUCCUAGGUUUUUAUGUAGAGAAUUAUCUCAUCUAUUAAACUAUGCAGAUUUUUUUUUUUUUUUUUUUUGGUACAUUUUUCUCUCAUUUCAGAGGGGUUCUUUGAAACUCACCAUUUUUUUGAGGUCUACCUAAAGAUAAAUAGUUUAGUGUUUUGGAUGAUCUGAUGAUCUCUGGAAGAUUCGCCAAAAUAUGGUUUGCAUUAUUUGACCCAUAAUCAUCACCACUGGCAUGGCAAAUACCUGUUCACAUAUCAUGUCCACCCUGUCACCAGUUUCUCGCAUAAUUGUGUUUCAGAAUGACACGUACUUGACAUUGGAAGCUUAAGAUAACUGUGAGCGUUGAAGCAGUCAGUGUUACCAUUACCACCAUUUUUGAACAUUUUAGAAUAAACUACUGUCACUGAAUUUCAGUUUAUAGAUGCAUUGAGAAAUAUGUUUGUUGUACAAGCUUGAGCUGUAUAUUUAUCUACUGAAUCUGCCAUUUUAAAAUUAAAAAUCACAAACAGA